AUGGGAGUCUGGGUGACUUUACUUCGAGUGGUGACAACAAUUGCCCAGUGUGGGAUGAUCCUGAGCCCCGGGCCUGACAUUAUCAAGGUCCACAAGAAUAAGACUACCGGUGAGAUGGCGGCACUCCCGCUGGUCUCAAUGGUCGUUAACAACUACCUAUGGACGGUGUACGCUUACAUGACCGACAGCAUUUUCCCGCUUUUGGUCACGCAACUGAUCGGCCAAACGGCUUCAAUUGUCUUUAUGGCAUUCUACUACCGCUGGGCUGUUGAUCGCCGCGCUGUGAACAGACUGCUAGCAUAUGGCUUGGCCUUCUCUAUGGUCUUCACUAUAUAUGUUGUGCUUGGUGUCACUGGGGUUACAAACCAGACCUACGCUCAAGUGGGUACAACACUUGGUUACGUCGGUUUGGUGGUUAAUCUCUGGAUGUACGCGUCUCCUCUGGGCACCAUUCGGACCGUUAUAAAGACCAAGUCUGCCGCUUCGUUACCGAUCAAUAUCAGCGUUAUGAUGCUAUUCAACACGACACUGUGGGUUGCGCUGUCGAUCGUGGACAAUGACAAGAUCAUCAUGGCGUUGAAUAUCACGGGGAUUUUUCUGAGCAUCACUCAGAUCUCCGUGUACAUGCGCUACCGACCGAGCAAGACAAUCGCCGCUAAAGAAGAUGCGUCUGUACUGAUAGAUAAGCCCAUUUCACUUGUCAUCUCACCUACAAGCAGCAAUCAUGCUCUCAAGAGUCCAGCGUACCAGUCCAUGGCAUCUCCAAUAGAUAAAGUGCGAAUUUGA